AUGGUUCGGGUGCGGGCUGUGGUGAUGACCCGAGACGACUCAAGCGGCGGUUGGGUGCCCAUGGGCGGUGGUGGCCUGAGCCAUGUGACCAUCUGUAAAGUCCGGCACCCAGACGAGGGGCAAUGCCGUCAGUACCUGAUCAACGGGGAGCGCCUCCGGGACCAGACGACCAUCUUGGAGUGUGCCUUGAAAAGGGACCUCGUCUACAACAAGGUGAAUCCCAUUUUCCACCACUGGAAAGUGGGGGACAACAAGUUUGGCCUCACCUUUCAGAGCCCUGCAGAUGCAGCGACUUUUGAGAAGGGCGUGCAAGCCGCUCUGAAGGAGAUCACGGAAGGCUCCCUUUCAGCUACCUCCAGUGCCACUUCCUCCUCCGAGGAUGAAGCAGCUGGCCGGGACGAAGCCCUUACUGUGUGCACGGACAGCGAGUCCUCCUUGAACAGUCAGAAGGAAAUGCUCCCCAAGCCCAUCACCAUUGUGACCAGUGAGUCCUCCUCCACCUGCUUCAUUCGUACCCCCAUUUCUGAAGAGUUCCCCUUCAGUUCAACACAAGGGGCUGCCUCAGCUGGACCGGUGCAAGUCCCGCCCUUGCAGCAGCUGAGUCUCCCAGACGAGGAGGAGCUGGAGAGCAUCGCCCCUUGUCCCUGGGUCACCAAAGGCUACGAGGACUACCGCCGGGCCGUGGUUCAGAAGCACCAGCCGGACACCGAGAAGAUUGACCUGUGCGUGCACUUUGAGAAGGGCGGCAGAGGCAGCAGAUCCCCGCGGGAGAAGGAGCACAGCUUCCCACCGGGGGCCGAGGGGCGGCUCAAAGAUCCCAAGGCCUCUCCCUCCUGUCGGAUCCACGGGGCCCCUUCCCCUGCGAAACACAAGCCGUUGAAGGAGCCGCAGCCGCCGCCCCCACCGCCCCCCGGAGCCAUGGGCAUGGAAGAGGACACCGUGCCCUCGCGGUGCGUCUACUGCCGGGACGUCUUUAACAACGAGGAGAACGGGCGCGGGCAGUGCCAAGAUGCGCCGGACCCCAUUGGCCACUGCGUCUACCAGUUCACCUGCAUGUGGUGUGCCGAGAGCAUGCUGUACCACUGCAUGUCGGACUCCGAAGGGGAGUACUCGGACCCUUGUUCCUGCGACACCGGCCACCCACACUUCUGCGUCCGCUGGCUGGCCCUGGCCACCCUCUCCCUGGUGGUCCCGUGCAUGUGCUGCUACCUGCCCCUCCACGCCUGCUACUCGUGCGGGGAGCGCUGCGGCUGCUGCGGCGGCAAGCACAAAGCUGUCCGGUGAAACUGACGCCAGUCCCGGGCGCUCCGUUCCGUUUUUUGCCACCAGGGCCGCAGCGGGCAUAAGCCAGGCGGCUCUCCUCCGAGACGGAGGCUU